CGCAGGUUAAAAUGUCAAAGUUUGUGGACAAGAAUAUUGAUGACGGCUUGAUACUCUCUGGUUACCAGAAAAAGUUUAAUACAAUGAAAAAGAAGUUUUUUGUAUUAUAUAAAGAGACAGCCCAGGAUUGUGCUCGGUUAGAAUACUUUGAUAGUAUAAAAAAGUUUAAAUCCGGCACAGCUCCUAAACGUGUUGUGAAAUUGGAGAACUGUUUCAACAUUAAUAGAAGGUUAGACACUAAAUAUGAUUUUGUAAUAGCGCUUGCAACAAAAGAUGGAGGCUUUGGAAUAGUACUUGACAGCGAGACUGAGAUGCUAAAAUGGUUACAAGCCUUGCUCUCACUUCAACGCAGCACUACUAACCAAUAUGAAACAUCUUCUAAAUUUG